AUGGAGGAUACUCUUGUUGAAAUCGUGCAUCGCCACGAGCUGCCUUCGCUACAAGAUGAAGAUCUUGUCCGACUACUUCACGCGCAAUUUGGCCCAGAAAUCGUCCACUUGACCCGUGUCCCACAUGCCAUGGAGAAAGAUGAAGGUGAAACCCCUUCUCUUGGCAACCUUACCAAAGAUAUCGAAACCGCGCUCAGUCCAUCGAGAUUAUUAUUCGAAACCGACUUUGAUGAAGUGAAUCGCUCAAUCACCAAUGUUCGCGCUUUGAAAUGGGUGCUUGCGAACGACUAUGGCUCCUUUGUGAACUAUCAACCUCCCCCUAUCAGGUUAUCCCAAAAGACCUUCCAAGAACUGAGGCGCCUAUCGGACUCCUUCCUGAAAGAUGCCGACUUGCUCCUCGCAAUGAUCGUGGCGCUUGUUAUCGGUGACAUGGGAAAAGACCCACAUCUUGUUGCCGAGAUCGCGGCGCGUAUGGGUACACAAGUCGGAAUCACAGACUACGAAAACCACGAUCAAUUACUCGCCGAUGCUGUCGCGUGCGGGAUCUUAGAUAGAGCCCUCGGUCAGCUAUCUAAAACCCGGCGUGAGGAGGUGGUCCUUGGAGUGCAGAUUGGAGCGACAUUAAAUAUUCCCCAACUAAUGCAAGGCGAAAAUAUCCCUGGCAGCCUACAGCCUAUCCUCAAGUUCCGUGGUCGUCCCGAGGCAUUCUAUCUCAAGUAUUUCGAGACUAUCUUCGAUGUGUCUGGCGCCGGCGCUCAUCGUGAUAGUCGUGGGGCGAAUCGGAUGAUCGAGCCAGUCUGUCAAUCUUUUCUACAGGCCUGGCCUAUUCUACAGAGUGUAAUCACCGAAUCUACCUCGCUAUGCGAGGCGUAUGAUCAAGUGUUACUGAAUCGUGGGCAAUUGGUCUUUAAGCAGGGCUUUCCUGAAUUAUCUACCGCCGAUCGCUCGGAACGGGCCUUACUUCGGCUUUUCGCCAUAGGCCGUGUAGCCGACCGGUCAGUGGCUGAGCAGUUCCAGCAAGCGUUCGAAGGCUUACCAGAGCAAACUCGUCAUGGUCUUGUUGAUGGAAUGAACGUUAAUGGAAUUGAUGAUGGCGAGGCUGUGCUUCUGUAUUAUUUGCCGGCCUUAUUCGCGGAGACAACCCGUGCUAUGCGUGAUGCAUCUGCAGAGGAGCAGAUCGUCGCAUUACAGUGUUUAAUGUGCUUCAUGGCUCGAACAUACGGGGGUUCGCGAUCGGUACCUGGUCAGGAGGGAUCUAUUCGGGAGCGUGAUGUCUCGCCUGCUAUUCAUAUCGUGUGUGAUCCGUCUUUUCGCCAUAACCCACAUAUUCUGGAUGAAUUUACCUUACCAGAUAAUUGA